GAAAGAGCCAAUGAUUAAUUACAUGUGGUCUUAUCUUGGGAAAAACUCCAAUCCUGUUAAGCCUUGAGAAGAGAUCUCCUUCUCUGUCCAAAUCCUCCAGCAGGGUGAGGACAGAGGACAGAGGACCCUUGCCUUCCUUUCCAUCUGUGUAAGUGACUCAGCAUCUUGGGGACACUCCUGGCCAGUGAGGAGGUCCCCAGAGGAGGGGGCGUCGUGGAGCUUCCUGUCCCAGACCCUGCUCCCCUGCCUCCGUCUCCCUUUUCUCCCCUCAUCUCUUCCCUCUUAUCUCCUUCCCUUUUUUCCUUCCUCUUUUCUCCCUCUCCCCUGCUUUCUCCUUUCCCUUCUUCUUUCCCCCAAAGCCCAGACACAGUUCCAGACUGAAACAUGCACCGCAGCUGCUUGGCGGAGGGCGUCCCCACCAAUGCAGGCAACUCCUGGAUCUCAGGCUUGGCCUUCCCUGACUGGGCCUGCAAAGCUGAGUCCUCCCCAGGCUCCCGGCAGAUCCAGCUGUGGCACUUCAUCCUGGAGCUGCUGCAGAAGGAAGAGUUCCGCCAUAUCAUCGCCUGGCAGCAGGGAGAGUGCGGGGAGUUUGUCAUCAAGGAUCCGGAGGAGGUGGCCCGCCUCUGGGGCCGCAGGAAGUGCAAACCACAGAUGAAUUACGAUAAACUGAGCCGGGCCCUCAGAUAUUAUUACAAUAAGAAGAUCCUGCACAAGACCAAAGGCAAAAGGUUCACGUACAAGUUCAACUUAAGCAAGCUCAUCGUGGUCAACUGUCCUCUAUGGGGGGUACGGGCAAUGCCAGCCCCCACCUGGUUUUGGCCAACCCUGAUGCCCGUGGGUGUGCAGAGCAAGCUCCUGCACUGCAUGCUGCUCGCCCACUGGGCCACGGCGGAGCAGCUGGCCCGACAGUGGGCCCUCCGAGGGCCACCGGAGGCCUCUGAGGACAAGAAGGGGAGCAGCAGCAGUGUCUACCGACUCGGCUCUGCCUCCACCCGCUGCCUGCUCAGCCCUUGCUGCCAUGUGGGGAGCCUCCGGGAAGAGCGGCCCAGUUUUCCCUCCUUCACACCCCACUUCCUGCCCUUUCCCCUCUCUGACCGGGCCCGCCUCUCAGGGCCCUUCUUGCCCCCUCUUCUCCCAGGGUCCCCCAUGACAGACACCCUGCUCCCAGGGCCCCCGGGCCCCCCAGCCACCUGGCAUUUCCCUGGGCUUCCCCUGCUGGCCGGGCUGGGCCAGGGGGCUGGUGAGAGGCCCAGGCUCUUGUUCCUUAGGCCAGAGGGGCUGCAGGUAAAGCCCCACCCCCUGAUGGGGGCGGGAGGGUACCCGGAUCCCUGGGAGGGCUUCUUGGCAGAGAUGCAAAGACCCAAAGCUGGGGAGGAAAGUCUCCGGUCCCCGAAUUUGGAGAAUUUUGAAGCGGCGUGGUCCUCGGAGCCUCCGUAAUGGAGGAGGAAGAGGCGAAGUGGGCCCCCAAACUCCAUCUCUCCUCUUGCCCACCUCCCUGCUGGCUCUGCACCUCCCUGGGUGGAACUAAGUUUAAAUGGCGGGAGGAUUUGAACGGAUGGAAUUGGGUCCGAGGAGGUGGGGAGCAUUGCAGAGAAGGAGCAUGUGUGGAGAUGGGGCAAACUGAGGCAGGGUGCCCCCUCCAAUCCCACUAAGUUGAUAUUCAGAAUAAGGGGACAUUCAUUUUUCUUUUUAAUUUCAGAGAGGAAGGGAGAGGGAGAGAGAGAGAGAUAGAAACAUCAAUGAUGAGAGAAAAUCAUUGACUGGUUGCCUCCUACAUGCCCCACACUGGGAUCUGAGCCCAUAACCCAAGCAUGUGCCCCUACCGGGAAUCAAACCAAGACCUCCUGGUUCAUAGGUCAAUGCUCAAUCACUGAGCAACCCCGGCUGGGCCUAAGGAGACAUUCUAAAUCUCAACUUCCUUUGAGGGAGAUGAGAAGAAGGUUUCCAUCAUUGGAAGCACCCCCUACCUACCCACAUGAGGGGAAAUCAAGGGCCUAGCUUGGCAAGGGGAUCGGGAAUUGAUUUGUUCCCUGAAUAUCAGGGCAAGUCCUUUCUCUUCUGGGGCCCAUGCCCCUCACCCAGUCUCCCUCCACAUCCUUGUUUUCCAUCCCUCUGAUUUCUGCGACCUUGGGACGUGCAUGCAGGCCUGUCCUUCUAGCUGCAUUUCCCCAAGACCCAGGCAAGUGGGGCAAGGGGGGGACUCUGUAACACUACUGCAGACCGUGAAUAAAAUGCCCUUGGCAAGCUGG